CAGCCCGACACACACACCGCUCACAGGGGACCCUAUAUAAGCGGUGCAGCUGUCAGGUGGAGGACACUGGCUGCGUGUGCGCUGGGGGACGACUCGCUUUAGGGAAUUUACAGCUCUAGAUACUCAUAGAUCCAAAUUGUAACAAUGUCUCACGCUUGGGGAUACGCAGCAAACAACGGACCCGACAAAUGGUGUGAUAACUUCCCUAUUGCCAAUGGACCCCGCCAGUCUCCCAUUGACAUCGUACCUGGUGCAGCAUCUUACGACGCGGGGCUGAAGCCGCUCAAGCUGAAGUACGACCCCUCCACCUGCCUUGAUAUCCUCAACAACGGACAUUCCUUCCAAGUGUCCUUCGCAGACGACACUGACAGCUCAACUCUGACAGACGGACCGAUCUCUGGAGUCUACAGGCUCAAGCAGUUUCAUUUCCACUGGGGAGCUUCUGAUGACAAGGGCUCUGAACAUACUGUGGGGGGGACCAAGUAUCCUGCUGAGCUCCAUCUGGUGCACUGGAACACCAAAUACCCAAGUUUUGGUGACGCUGCUAGCAAGCCUGAUGGGCUCGCUGUUGUUGGAGUAUUCCUGAAGAUUGGUGCUGCAAAUCCAAGUCUGCAGAAGAUUCUUGAUGCCUUUGAUUCCAUCAAGACCAAGGGCAAGCAGACUUCUUUCUGUGGCUUUGACCCCUCUACCUUGCUCCCUGGUAGCCUAGACUACUGGACAUAUGAUGGCUCCCUGACCACACCUCCUCUGCUGGAGAGCGUCACCUGGAUUGUCUGCAAAGAGCCAAUCACCGUCAGUUGUGAGCAGAUGGCCAAAUUCCGCAGCCUGCUCUUCUCCGCUGAGGGUGAGGCCGAGUGCUGCAUGGUGGACAACUACCGCCCUCCCCAGCCUCUCAAGGGUCGCUCUGUCCGUGCUUCCUUCCAGUAAUGCCCCCUCCCCCUCUUUUAUGCCCUUUCUGCCCUGUUGCCCUCUCCCUUCCCCCUCCCUUUAGUCAGUUACCUCUCUUGCAGUGAGCCACAAUGCAAACAUAUCGCUCUCCGUCCAGUUUUUAAAAGAAAUGAAAUUCCUGUGGCUCAUUGUUUUUUAAUGCUGGGCAGUCUGUCAUAAUUUAUUCUUUAAGACACCUCACAAUGGCUGCGACACGUUUACUGGGACUUAGCAUUCAGUGCCAAUGUUUUAGAGACAUUACACCGGUGUGCGCAGGUCUUCGUGGUGUCAACAAACACAACAAGAAUGAAAAUUGAAGAUGAGUUAUGGAGCUCUCGAGUCAGCAGAAAGCACAAGCUAGUCGCAGUAGGCGGGGGGGAGGAUGAAACUACAUCACCAUCUGUGAGGAGGGUAAGGUGCAGAUAAAAAGAGGCGCACACAAACACACAGGGCUCACACACUCCCGCUGCCAGUCUGCCUGUAAUCUCUGACUGACUGCCAGCCUCUGCAUCACAGCAGCUUAAUGAAACGCUGCAGCCGCCUCCAUCACAACCGAUUGACUCAGAAAAUCCCCCUCUGGCGCGCACACACACACAACAUGGCACGCACAGUCUCAUGCAGACGUGAUGCCUAUAGGCGCUGACCUGCUUAUUGAUUUGAAUUACAGCAACAGAGGACAUGAGGACAGGCUGCUGCUAAUGCUGGAUUCUCAACACCACGCCAAUGGCUUGUUUCUCUUAUUUUACAACCUAAUCUUCCAAUCUUUCAUGUGUUUGUCAUCCUGUGUUGUGUUUUUAUUAGUAUUUUGGAUUAUGUCUGUUUUUAGCCUGAUAGAUUAUGCAAAAUAAGUCUUAAGUGAUUCCUAAAUUAUGUUUUGUAACCAAAAGCUCAUCUGCAUUUUUGAUGCCCUGAUGAUAAUAUAGCAAUGGAGAGGACUGAUCCUCCUUCUCAGAACACCUUCAUGUGUUGUUUUGAACUCCAGUGUAUCGAGUGCUAAAGCUUGAAACGCACAGUCGCCGUUUUGGCGAAGCCAUAGCGGCUAAUGCACAAAGCCAAGGAAUAAAUUACCCUGCCAAGGAAGCCAAGGAAGAAUCGAACCUGCCAACAGAUCAGAUUAUAGUGUCAGCCUGGUGUCAGGCCCUGAAUAGGGGCAGCAUUAACAAAAGGCCAUGAGAGGUCCUGAGCACCUCCACAGUUAACCCUGUAUGCAGUAGUGAAACAUUACCAGAGAGAUUGUAAUUACCAUGAAAAAAAAGCCUUAUGCCAAUCAUUGUUAGGGCCGUCCUAUACAUAUGUGCUGUUGUCAUUCUAUUUUGGAAGUGGACGUUUUACUAGUUAAAUAAAUAUAUUUUAUGACUAUCAA